AUGUCAUCGAACUUGCUCCUUUUUCUCCUUAUCAAUAUCAACUUCCCGGGUUUGAUAUUGGGCCUAGAGACAAUUCAUGAAGAUCACCGCGGAGACAUAACUGCCACGAAAGCAAGCGACAGUACUAUCCGAGCUUUUCAAACUUGUCCAGUCUCCUUGAUCCCUCUUCCAAAAGGCAAAUCAAGAUCCAUUCCACAGAUCCAACACCACUUCAAUUCUGAAACUCAAUCCGAUCGACUUGAGAGAACCAAAAGGCAACGGGCCGUGAAAAAUGCGUUCCAACAUAGCUGGAAUGGAUAUAAAACCCAUGCCUGGUUGCGGGACGAACUAUCACCAAUCAGUGGCGGCCAUAAAAGCCCCCUUGGGGGCUGGGCAGCAACUUUGAUUGACUCCUUGGAUACACUGCUCAUAAUGGGUUUGGAUGACGAGUUCGAAGCCGCACUUGAGGCCGUCCAUCAUGUCGAUUUUUCCACUCCCAAAUUAGCAACUGUUCAUGUCUUUGAGAUAACAAUCCGACAUCUUGGGGGUUUAAUCAGUGCAUAUGACCUGACCGAAGGAAAACAUCCUAUUCUCUUGGAGAAAGCCCAAGAAUUGGGCGAACUUUUGUAUAGGGCGUUUGAUACCCCAAACAGGAUGCCACAGAUGCGAUGGCAAUGGAUAAGGAGCAUAUUCGAGUCUUCAACGUACCCCAGUGAACGUACUCUCCUUGCCGAGAUAGGCUCAUUGAGCCUAGAGUUCACCCGCCUUUCGCAAAUUACAGGCGAUCCCAAAUAUUUUGAUGCUGUUCAAAGAAUUACAGACAACCUACAUCGCACACAAAACCAGACUAGACUGCCGGGUCUGUGGCCGCUCUCAUUUGACGCCCGUGCAUUGCAGUUCUCAGACAACUACUUCACAGUAGGUGGUAUGGCUGACUCCACCUACGAAUACCUCGUCAAAGAGUAUCUACUCCUUGGAGCACAAUCAGAUCAAUAUCGUGAUAUGUAUAUCUCUGCAAUGGAAGGGAUCAAGAAACAUCUGCUCUUCCAUGGCAUGAAUAAAGAUAAAGAAGACAUAUUAUUCGCUGGAAAUAUCCGAUUCGAUUCAGAGUCCGGCCAAGGGUUUUUUGAGUAUCAAACAGAGCAUCUAAAGUGCUUCCUCGGAGGUAUGGUAGCACUUGGCUCCCGAGCAUUUGGUCGCUCAGAUGACUUGCCUAUUGCACAGAAAUUGGUGAAUGGGUGUAUCUGGGCAUAUGAUCUCAUGCCGACCGGGAUUAUGCCCGAGACUUUAUACAUCAGUGGCUGCAGGAAUUCUGACCGUUGCGAAUGGGAGGAAGAAAAGUGGUUCCGUGACAUUUUUGGAUGGCCAGAUGGAGAACAAAUGCCUAUGAAUGUACGUGAGGCUACACGACUGAUUAUUCAACAUGAUAGGCUACAGCCGCCAAUACUGGAAGUUGCCAAUCCAAAGUAUCAUCUGAGGCCUGAAGCAAUUGAGUCUAUCUUUAUCAUGUACAGAAUUACCGGCAAGACGUCACUGCAAGACGCCGCAUGGCGAAUGUUUCAGAACAUUGAUCAGUACACCAAAGUCAAACACGGCCAUGCUUCGCUCAAAGAUACCCGUGACAUACGGACAGCAAGAUUGGAUGGUAUGGAAAGCUUCUGGCUUGCAGAGACAUUGAAAUACUUUUACCUCAUUUUCUCAGAUCCAAAACUCAUCAGCUUGGAUGAUUAUGUUCUUAACACCGAAGCUCAUCCGUUCAAGUAUACACGUGUCUCUCCUACAAUCUAG